GUUUAUUUUAUAUCUCCAUCUGCUAGAAGAUAAACUCCAUGUGGAUAUAAAUUCUGUCUUUUUUACCGAAGAGGAACUUGUACUUACAGCUGAGUUCAAGCCUCAAGUGGAAAGCACAUCGACUUCAAAGGCAGAGGGAAUCAAAGGUGCUCCCCGGCUUUGGAUACUUCCUCUGCUUGAGAGUCUGUCAAAGCUCUCCUUCAUGAGUGGUAAUGAUGUGUACAAAGAUGGUCCAAGUCCUCUGGGGAUGUUUCCUCCUGUGGAAUCUCUACAUCUCAUCCGCUCAGACCAUUUACCCUGGAAUCAAGGCGAGGGCUACUCAGAGGGCUCUGGACUAUGGCAUUCAAGCUGGGAUGGAGAUGAUUGAGCAAAUGGUCAAGAAAAGAAACAUCCCAGAUUUAAAAGGUUCUGAAUCUCUUGAAUUUCUGAAAAUUGAUUAUGUGAACUACAAUUUUAAAAACAUAAAAAUCAAUGCCUUUUCACUUCCAAAUACUUCACUAGCCUUUGUGCCUGGGGUGGGAAUCAGGGCCCUGAUCAACCACGGCACUGCCAACAUCAGCACAGACUGGGAAAUCAAGUCUCCACUUUUCCAAGACACAGGAGGAGCUGACUUGUUUCUCUCUGGGGUCUACUUCACCGGUAUAGUUGUCCUGGCCUGGAAUGACUUUGGUCACCCAAUCCUGAAGCUCCAAAACUGCUGUGCCCAAGUGAGCCACAGUGACGUCUCAUUUUCUGGAGAGCUCAGUGUCCUAUAUAACUCCUUUGCUGAGCCCAUGGAGAAACACAUUUUAAAGAACUUAAAUAAAAUGCUCUGUCCCAUUAUCACAAGUGAGGUGGAGGCACUGAAUGCCAACUUCAGCAUGCUGAAGGCUUUAAGAAAGAUUGACAACUAUACUCUGCUGGAUUAUUCCCUAAUCAGUUCUCCAGAAAUUACUGAGAAUUACGUUGAUCUGAAUUUGAAGGGCGUAUUCUACCCCCUGGAAAACCUCACAGAUACCCCCUUCUCAUCAGUUCCUUUUGUGCUCCCGGAACACAGUGACUCUAUGAUCUACAUUGGAAUCUCCGAGUAUUUCUUUAAAUCUGCGUCCUAUGCUUAUUUUACAGCUGGGGCUUUCAACGUCACUCUCACCACAAAAGAGAUUUUCAACCAUUUGAUUCGCAACUCUCAAGGCCUUGGCAGCAUGCUCUCCCGGAUUGCAGAGCUGUACAUCUUGUCCCAGCCCUUCAUGGUAAAGGUCUUGGCAACAGAGCCUCCCGUGGUCAAUUUAUUACCGGGCAACUUCACCCUAGACAUCCCUGCCUCCUUUGUGAUAUUCACCCAGUCCAAGAACUCGACUGCGAAAACCAUCGUUUCCAUGGACUUUGUUGCUAGUACCAAUGUUGCCCUGGCUAUUUUGGGACAAAGACUGAUCUGCUCUUUAUCUCUGAAAAGCUUCUACCUCUCUUUGCCAGAGUCCAGUCGCAGCAAUACUGAGGUCUUGAGGUUUGAGAAUAUUCUGUCCUCCAUUCUCCACUUCGGAGUCCUCCCACUGGCCAACGCAAAAUUGCAGCAAGGAUUUCCUCUGCCCAACCCACAAAAUAUCUCACUCGUCAAUUCAGAUAUUGAAGUUCUUGAGGGUUUCCUUUUGAUUUCCACCGACCUGAAGUAUAAAACGUCCUUAAAGCAGCAGCCAAGUUUCCAUGGUUGGGAAGCUCUGAACCUGAUAAGUGGACAGUGGAGGGGGAAGCCAGCCCCUUGAUUGCCUGUUUGGAGUCCACUCCAGGAAGUAAAUGGCCCUUAAUCCCACAGCUCGUGUAAACCCAGAGCAGGAAGAUGGUACACACAGGAAUUGUAAAGCCCUUGCGAAUUGCUGGAAGUUUUCUUUUUCAAGCCCUCAUGGAUGUAGAGGGAGGCAAACAGGGUGAAAGAGCUCAGUCGGGAUGUGUGUGUUCCCAUGUGUGUGGAGGGGUAUAUGUUUGAAUGUGUGUUCAUGUUUGAGUGCAUGUUGUGUGUUCCUGUGUCUAUGAGAUUCUGGGGCCAAGAGUGAGGCAUGUACUUCUAAGGAGGUGCAUGAGAAACUCUCAAAUACAGAUUUGCAUCAGUGGUUAUCAGCGGAGAUCCCUUCAGCCCCUUCAGCUCUCUAGGGUUCCCCCCUCCCUGCAUAUUGGAUUUUAUGUUUUAUAUUUACCAUUA